AUGGCUACCAGCAGCCUUGUCAGGGAGGCUGAGGGUGAGGUCCUAAGGUGGGAGAAGGAGGAAAAAAAGCAAGAGGAAGGGGAGGCAGCAGCAGCAGCAGCAGGAGCAUCAAUGAGAGAGGAGGCUCCAAACUCUCCCUCAACUCUGUUGCCCCUGAGAGGGAAGGCCCGCAGUGAGGGCCCAGGGGAGGCCAAGCUGGAGUUGCACCUUCUGCAGAACAGGUGGGCCCUAUGGUUCUUCAAGAAUGACCGCAGCCGGUCCUGGCAGGAUAACCUGCAACUGGUCACCACGUUUGACACAGCGGAGGACUUCUGGGCGAUUUACAGUCACAUCCAGCUGGCCAGUAAGCUCUCUUCAGGCUGUGACUAUGCCCUGUUCAAGGAUGGCAUCGAGCCCAUGUGGGAAGACGCCAGGAAUAAGCGGGGUGGCCGCUGGCUGGUCAGCCUUGCCAAACAGCAGCGCCACACUGAGCUGGACCGCCUGUGGCUGGAGACACUGCUGUGCCUCAUUGGGGAGAGCUUUGAAGAGUACAGCCAGGAGGUGUGUGGGGCCGUCAUCAACAUCCGAACCAAGGGGGACAAGAUCGCAGUGUGGACGAGGGAGGCAGAGAACCAGAUGGGCGUGCUCUACAUCGGGCGGGUCUACAAAGAGUGCUUGGGACUCUCGACGAAGACCAUCAUUGGGUACCAGGCCCAUGCAGACACAGCUACUAAGAGCAACAACCUGGCCAAGAACAAGUUUGUGGUGUGA